GUGUGUGUGUGUGUGUGUCGGGAAACUUUGCUCCUCUAGUGUGAGUAUCAGCUCCUCUGUCCGGUUAUAAAGCGCCGCUCCGCCGGUUCUCCCGGUUGUUUGGGUGUCUCCUGUUCGCGGGUUCCGCUUGUAUUUCACAGCGGGUUGUCAGUCAGACAGCGGUGAUGUGUCAGUGAGAUAUGAAGCUGGAUAUGAGUGCUGUGCGUGUAGUUUAUAAUGACGGGCUCAGCCUCUCCGACUCGCGGAGUUAUUGACGAGUAACGGCGGAAUCCCGGGCAGAGGCCGAGGAGGAGAUGCUGGAGGCCGGAUCUGAUCUCCAGCACAGCCGCUGCUCACCUGCACAGGUUCAGCAGUAAAGAUGAUUCCUGUCAAUGAGUUCCGCAACAUCACAUCUGAGCAGAACCCGCAGUUCCGGGUGCUGAAGCCCUGGUGGGACGUUCUGUCGGAGUAUCUGGGCAUCGCCAUGCUGAUGAUCGGGGUGUUCGGCUGCACACUCCAGCUGACUCAGGAUAAGAUCUCCUGCCUCCCGAACCGGCUGACGGAUCCCUCUGGAGGACACACCGACUGCAGCCACGUCCGGCAGCACAGGGACAACCAGAGCCUGUGGGAGUUCUCCAUCACCAAAUACAUCGGGCCCAACAUCGUGGAGGUGUUCGGCCGCAAGAACGGACUGGACAUCCACCAGUACGAGUUCGUCAACCACUUCUGCUACGAGCGCGCUGUGCACUGGUAUGGAAAAUACUUCCCGUACCUGGUGGUCAUCCACAGCAUGAUCUUCAUGGUGGCCAGCAGCUUCUGGUUCAAGUUUCCCGGCACGUCCUCCAAGAUCGAGCUGUUCGUGGUGAUCCUGCGGAAGUGCUUCGACUCGCCCUGGACCACCAGAGCCAUCAGCGAGGUGUCAGAGGAGCGCAUGGUGCUGUGGAGGAAAAACAACCAGAGUUCAGCUCCAGACGGCGGAGAUGAGGAAGACGUGCUGUCUCUGAUACGAGCCUCUGUGAAGUCCGACUCCGAGCAGAAAUCCACAGAGCCGUCGCUCCUGGAUAAGAAGGAGGGUGAGCAGGCCAAGGCUCUGUUUGAGAAAGUCCGGAAGUUUCGCACACACGUGGAGGAGGCAGACCUGCUGUACCUCAUGUAUGUUCUGCAGACAGUGCUGAAGGUCUUCAAGUUUGUUCUGAUCACGGUUUAUAGUGUCCUCUUGGUUCCCAAUAUCCAGAUUGUGGUACUGUGCUCGGUGCCUCCGGAUCUGACGGGGUUCAGCGCAUUCUGCUGCAACUACAAUAAAGCACAUCUCUUCUCCAAACUGGCGUACUGCUAUAUAAGCUUCGUCGGGGUGUACGGCCUGCUCUGCAUCUACUCGCUGUACUGGCUGUUCCACCGGCCGCUGAAGGAGUACUCCUUUGAGGCGGUCCGCUUGGAGACGGGAAUCAACGACAUUCCUGAUGUCAAAAAUGACUUUGCGUUUCUGCUUCACCUCAGCGACCAGUACGACGCACUGUACUCCAAACGCUUCGCCAUCUUCUUGUCGGAGGUUAGCAAGAGCCACUUACGGCAGCUGAACCUGAACCACGAGUGGACGGUCGGCAAACUGCGCAGCCGGCUGUCACACAACACCCAUGAGCGGCUGGAGCUGCACCUGUUCAUGCUCCCGGGAUUACCGGACACAGUCUUUGAGAUCCCAGAGGUGGAGUCACUCAAGCUGGAGCUGAUCAGCAACAUCACCAUCCCCAGCAGUGUAACGCAGCUCCCGGCCCUUGUGGAGCUCACUCUGAUCCACAGCCCAUGCAGACUCCAGCCGGCGGCGCUCGGGCACCUGCGGGACCAGCUAAAGGUGCUGCGUGUGGCCACGGAGACCCAGGAGCUGCUUCCGCUGUGGAUGUACACCUUACAGAGCCUGGAGGAGCUGCACCUAAGCGGAGAGCUGACCCUGGACUCCUUACGCGAGCUGAAGAACCUGCGAGUGCUGACGCUACGCUGCAAACUGACCAAGAUCCCGCCCGGAGUGGUGGAUGUGUCCCAGCAGCUACUCCGGCUCUGUGUUCACAAUGAGGGCACUCGACUGCAAGCGUUCAGCAGCCUGAAGAAGCUAGUGCGGCUGGCAGCUCUGGAGCUAACAGGUUGCGGGCUGGAGCGGAUCCCCAGUGCCGUCUUCAGCCUGUCGCACCUGCAGGAGCUGGACCUGAGGGAGAACAGGCUGAUGGCAGUGGAGGAGAUUCUGAGCCUGCAGCACUGCCGCCGCCUGGCCACGCUCCGACUCGGGCACAACCACAUCUCCUGCAUCCCGGAGCACAUCAGCCGGCUGCGGGCACUGGAGAUGCUGGACGUCAGCUGGAACUCCCUGCGCCGACUACCCCCACGGCUCUGUUACUGCCCUCGGCUCCGGCACCUGGACCUGUCCCACAACCAGUUAGUGGCUCUGCCCUCAGAGAUCGGCGUCCUGCAGGGUCUGCAGUUCCUCUCCGUGGCCUUCAACGCUCUAGAGACGCUCCCAGAAGAGCUGUUCUCCUGCAGGCGGCUCCGCGUGCUGGCGCUGGGCAAUAACAGCAUCACUGCGCUGUCCCCGCGGGUGGCCAACCUGGCUCAGCUGGUGCGGCUGGAGCUGAAGGGCAACCGGCUGGAGGGUCUGCCGGUGGAGAUCGCCCACUGUCCUGUGCUCCAGCUGACCGGGGUGAUUGUGGAGGACAGUCUGAUAGAGCUGCUGCCCGCCGAGCUGAAGGACAGCAUGAAGAACAGAUGAACACACACUGAAUAAAUGAGCAGUGGCUGAAGCUCAGCGGUGUGCAUGCAGGACUGAUCUCAGAACAGCUCUGUGGAGUUCAUGAACUUUGUCCUGGCAGACUCGACGGACGGGAUCUUCACAGAGCGACUGACGAAACACUGCAUUAUUUUAGGGGUGGGUCUGGAGAACUAGUUUGACCGACUGCAGUAUCAGAUUAGAGUCUGAGCUCAUCUAACUUCACUAAAACUCUAUAAUGUAUAUAUAGUUAUAACUAACUAUAAUGUUAAUGCAGGCGUGCGCUGGACAGAAUCCUCCACACCUCUAUUACCCAACAGCACUUCUGCAGGUACAGAUCCUUCACUGCUUCCAUACGGGACUCAUUUUCAACAAUAACACCUCAGAUUAACAAUAAAUCAAAUUAAUGUAGUUCUGUAGCUGUGUGCUGCCGUGUCAACUUCUCUUCCAUAUCUGUGAUAUCGUGAUGCACCACGUUACAUAGUUCAGGAUUUACAGUGAUUAUUGUUAUUAAUUGUUUUACAAAUUCAUAUGGGAUAAAUUAGCUGUAGAAGGACGCUGAACACGUGUGUGACGGUCCGUUUCUCUACACUCGUCCUUCAUCAAACACACACUACUGCAGUAAACCUGUGCCGGGUGUGUCGGAGCUCCAGCAGCGUGACGGAUCAUUAUCAGUGCAGAGGCUGUGUGUGUCCUGAUGGUGGGUGUGGUGUGUGGUGCGCUUCACCUUUAUACCUGGACAGAACAAUGUGUGAACACAUUCCCUUUCAUCUCAGUGAGAAAUCCUGAAAUCACCUGAGCUGUAAAUGUCAUGUGACUCUCCAGCAACAGGAAAUUACAGCACAGAUUUAACACACACACACACACACACACACACACACGCACGCACACACACACACAUACACACACACCCUUGACUAAUGAUCAUCCUGAGUUGAGCAGCACAUUCAAGAAACUCCUCUGCAGAUUCAUCAAAUAAUCGUGACUAAAUUUACUUGAAUAAAACAUUAGCUCUACAUUUCAGAAUCCCAAUAUAAUAUAAUAUAUAUACAGUUAAAGUCAGAAUUAUUAGCCUUUUAUUUUUAAUUAACUAUUUUCUUUUUUAAAUGUUUCCCGAAUGAUGUUGAACAGAUUCAGGAAUUUCUCACAGUAUUUCCUCUAAUAUUUGUUCUUCUGGAGAAAGUCUAAUUUGUUUUAUUUCGGCUAGAAUAAAAGCAGUUUUUAAUAGUUUAAACACCAUUUUAAGCUCAAUAUUAUUAGCCCCUUUAAGCUAUAUUAGUUUCUGAUAGUCUCCAGAACAAACCACUGUUAUAC